GUUUCAGAGACUCCCGCUAUAAACGAUGGCCGAUGAUGCAGCUCAAGCAGGCGACAACGCCGAAUACAUCAAGAUCAAGGUCGUUGGACAGGACAGCAACGAAGUGCACUUCCGUGUAAAGUAUGGAACCUCUAUGGCCAAGCUGAAGAAGUCGUACGCUGACAGAACCGGUGUCGCCGUCAACAGUCUUCGUUUCCUCUUCGACGGACGUCGCAUCAACGACGAUGACACACCGAAGACGCUCGAGAUGGAGGACGAUGACGUCAUCGAGGUCUACCAAGAGCAGCUGGGCGGAUUCUAGUCCUCUACCUACACUCUAAUCCGAAAACAAACACCCAUCCAUCCCUUUUCCACUGAGAUACUCGGUUUCUCUGUCUCAUUUAAUCUAUUUUCCACAUUUCGAAUCAUAUUAUACAACCAAAAAAGUUUAAAAUAACUUAUUUAUCUUACAAAUAAACUCUUCGUUUUCGGAAAAUCCCAAA